CUCGCUCGCUCGCUCGCAGAGGCGCCCCUCGGGAGAGCCUGGGCCCGAGAGUCUGGGGGCCACCCCCUCGGCCGGGCCGCGCGGGAAUCCAAGUCGGGAGGCGCCUCCCCAAGGUCAGCGGGCGAGCGCGAGGAGGGUCCCGGGCGUCGCGGGGCCGAGCCCGCCCCCUUCCCUGGGCUCAGAUGCUUUCCAGGAAGAAAGGGGAAACCCCUUGCUGAUGCCAGCGUCUUUGAACCAGUGUCUUCUCCUUCUGCUUUCUCUCUGCCUGGGAUUCCUGGAGAUUUCUGGUUUGAGAAGAAGCUGCCCGAGCUGACGCCGGUGAGGCGGCCGAGAUGGCAGAGCCCUACGUGAAGAAGCUGUGCACCAUCCUGCUGGAGGCCAUCACCGACAAGGACCCUCUGGUGCAGGAGCAGGUCUGUGGCGCCCUGUGCGCCCUCGGAGAGGCGCAGCCAGCGGAGGUGCUCCGAGCCUGUGAGGAGUACCUGUGGCGGCACGAGAAGUUGGCACAUCCUUACCGGACGAUGAUCCUGAGGGCCAUGGAGACGGUCGUGAGCAGUCACAUCAGUGACCUGGACAAGGACAUGGCCAGGGCUGUCAUCUUCCUGGCCUCCAGCGAGAUGACCAGGGUGAAGGACUUGGUGUGUGACUGGCAGCAGGCUGCCAGCAACGUCCUGGUGGCUGUUGGGAAGCAGUUCAUCGGCCUGGUGAUGGAGGAGGUGCUGAGCAAGUUCCAGCCCGGGGCCCUGCCGCACUACUUCGUCGUGCAGACCCUCGCUAACCUGGCGGCUUCCAACGUGUUCGGCAUGGUGCCCUUCCUGACGUCCAUCCUGAGCACCAUGCUCCCCAUGCUGGGCAUGGCCAAGCACGAUAUGACGAGGGUGGCGUUUUGCUGUGCUCUGCAGCACUUCAGCGAGAGCACCCUGGAGUACCUGGCCAACCUGGACCAAGCCCCAGACCCCACGGUCAGGAAGGACACCUUUGCCACUGACAUCUUCAGUGCCUACGACAUCCUCUUUAACCACUGGCUACAGAGCCGUGAGGCCAAGCUCCGGCUCGCCGUGGUGGAGGCUCUGGGGCCCAUGAGCCACCUGCUGCCCAGUGAGAAGCUGGAGGAGCAGCUCCCCAAGCUGCUGCCGGGGGUCCUGGCCCUCUACAGGAAGCACGCCGAGACCUUCCACGUGUCCAAGAGCCUGGGCCAGAUCCUUGAGGCUGCGGUGAGCGUGGGCAGCCGCACGCUGGAGGCCCAGCUGGACGCGCUCCUGGCUGCUCUACACGCUCAGAUCUGUGUGCCCGUGGAGUCGUCCAGCCCUCUGGUGGUGAGCAACCGAAAGGAAGUGUUACGCUGCUUCACUGUGCUGGCGUGCUGUUCGCCUGACCGCCUGCUGGCCUUCCUGCUGCCCAAGCUCGAUGCCAACAACGAGAGGACCCGCGUGGGCACCCUGCAGGUCGUGAGGCACGUCAUCAACUCAGCUGCUUCUCAGAUGGAAGUGAAGAAGCCCUUUAUUCUAUCCUCCAUGAGGCUUCCUCUUCUGGACACCAACAGCAAGGUGAAGCGGGCAGUGGUGCAGGUGAUCAGUGCCAUGGCACACCACGGCUACCUGGAGCAGCCUGGAGGAGAGGCCAUGGUCGCAUACAUCGUGCAGCAGUGUGCUCUGCCCCCCGAGGCCGAGCCUCAGAAGCCGGGUCCGGACAGCGAGGACCCCGCCACGGACAGUGUGCGGGACGUCAGCAUCAGCACCCUCUACCUGGUCAGCACCACCGUGGACAGGAUGAGCCACGUCCUCUGGCCGCACCUGCUUGAGUUUCUCACCCCCGUGCAGUUCACCGGGGCGCUGACCCCGCUCUGCAGGAGCCUCGUGCACCUGGCCCAGAAGAGGGAGGAGGUGGGGGCCGAUGCCUUCCUCAUCCAGUACGACAGCAACGUGACCCUCCCUUCACCCUACGCCAUCACCACGAGACUCCUGACCGUGUCUUCCAACCCCUACCUGGGGGACGGCCGCGGGGCCGCCUCGCUGCGUCUCUUGAGCGUCCUGCAUCGUAACAUCCACCCUCUGCUGGGUCAGCGGUGGGCCACCACCGUCCCCCUGCUGCUGGAACACCUGGAUGAACAUACUGAAGAGACCCUGUCCCAGAAGGAGUGGGAGGAAAGGCUGCUGGCGUUCCUUCGGGACACUCUGGCGGUCGUGUCUGACAACACGUGGAUUUGCCAGCUGAGCCUAGAGAUGUGCAGACAGCUGCCCUGCUACAACGGGACGCCCCAGGAGAAGAACUUCCUGUAUAAAUGCAUUGGAACCACGCUGGGUGCCGCUUCGAGCAAGGAGGUGGUGAGGGAGCAUCUGCAAGAGCUUCUGGAGACGGCCAGACACCAGGAGGAGGCCGAGCGCGAGGGCCUCGCCUGUUGCUUUGGGAUCUGUGCCACCUCUCACCUGGAUGAUGUCCUGGCCCAGCUGGAGGACUUCAUGAGGUCAGAUGUGUUCAGAAGAUCCACCGGCAUUUUCAACAUUUUUAAGGACCGAAGUGACAAUGAGGUGGAAAAGGUGAAGUCAACUCUGAUCCUGUGUUACGGCCACGUGGCAGCAUGGGCCCCCCGCGAGCUGGUGCUGGCCAAGGUCGAGUCGGACAUCCUCCGGAACAUAUUCCAGUACUUCAGCACCAAGGUUCUGGGAAUAAAGGUAGAGACCAAGGACCCGGCUCUGAAGCUGUGUCUCAUCCAGAGUGUGUGCAUGGCCAGCCAGGCCAUCUGCAGCAGUGCCCAAGCUGGCUCUUUCCACUUCUCGAGGAAAGCGGAGCUGGUGGCACAGAUGAUGGAGUUCAUCAAGGCAGAGCCCCCAGACUCCCUGAGAACGCCCAUUCGGAAGAAGGCCAUGCUUGCCUGCACUUACCUGGUCUCCCUGGAGCCAGCGCUGGAAGAGCGAGUGCAGGCGGACUUGAUCCGCGGCUGUCUACACAGCGUCAUGGCUGUGCUGCCUGAGCCCGAGGAGGAGGAGGACCGCCAGGAGUCACUGUACCUGGACACCAUGCACGCCCUUGAGGAUUUGCUGACAAGCCUCCUUCGGCGGAACAUGACCCCGCAGGGCCUGCAGAUCAUGGUGGAGCACCUGAGCCCGUGGAUCAGGUCCCCGCGGGGCCACGAGAGGGUGCGGGCGCUGGGCCUAAGCGCCUGCCUGCUGCAGCACUUCCUGGAGCACCUGCACGUCAGCGCCCUGGUGCCCUUCCACAACCUGGGCCUCCUCAUUGGCCUCUUCUCCCCACGGUGUGCGGACUUGUGGCCUGCCACCCGCCAGGAGGCUGUGAGCUGCGUCCACGCCCUGCUGUACCUCCAGCUGGGCUAUGAGGGCUUCUCCCGUGACUACCGGGAUGAUGUGGCCGAGCAGCUCCUCGCCCUCAAAGAAGGCCUCGUGCACCCCGACCCCGCCGUCCUCUUCCACACCUGCCACAGCAUAGCCCAGAUUAUUGCCAAGCGCCUCCCGCCAGAGCAACUCAUCAGCCUCCUGCUGACCUUGUUUGAGAGUCUGGGAGACCCGGACAAGAACUGUUCGAGGGCGGCUACCGUCAUGGUCAACUGCCUGCUGAGGGAGCGAGGGAGCAUGCUCCAGGAGAAGGUGCCCGAGAUUGUGAGUGUUCUGCGCUCGAAGCUGCAGGAGACCCGAGAGGAGCACGUCCUGCAGGCCGCACAGCACAGCGUGUACCUCCUGGCGUCCCAGCACUGUGCGGCCGUGGUGUCCAGCCUCCUGGGCGGCCCCCUGCCCUUUGACAGCCACACCUGCACCCUGUGGCGGGCGCUGGCCCUGGAGCCCAGCCUCACCACACAGGUCCUGGGGCUGCUCCUGGAGAAGAUGAGCAGGGACGUCCCGUUCAAGGAGACCCGGGCCUUCCUGCUAAGCAGCUCUCCUGGCCGCGAGGCCACGCUGCUGCCCCUUGCGGCCACGUGUGCCCUGCACGAGGUCCUGAGUGCCCUGGAGUCUGGGCCCGCGGUGCUCGAGCUGUACCCACAGCUGUUUGCUGCGCUCCUGCUGCGGGUCAGCUGCACCCUGGGCGUCCUGCUGCCCCGGAGCCUGCAGGCCAAGGAGAGGAGGAGCGUGGGCUCAGCUGUGGCCCCCAGGAGCCUCGAGCCCUGCAGCUGCGCGGUGGAUGCUCUGCAGGCUAUGCUGCUCCGGGGGGGUAAUGAGGACGUGGUGCGGCGUGUGGAGCUGGAGGGGGGCUGGCAGCUGCUCAGGACCUCGGCAGGACACGAGGAGGGGGUCACCCGGCUGGCCAGCGCCAUGGCCAAGUGUGCAGGCCCCCGGCUGCCCCUGGUGAUGAAGGCGCUCGUGUGCACACAGAGCAGUGUGUAUGAGAUCCAGAGGGUCACCUCCACAGCGUUCCUGGCCGAGCUGCUCAACAGCAACGUGGUGAACGACCUGAUGCUUCUGGAGUCGCUGCUGGACAACCUGGCGGCGCGGCAGAAGGACACGAGUGCCAGCGUGCGGCGGCUGGUGCUGCGAGGCCUGGCCAACAUCGCCUCCAGCUCCCCGGAGAAGGUGCAGGCCCACGGCCCCCAGCUCCUGACAGCCAUGAUCGGCGGGCUGGACGACAGGGACGACCCUCACAGCCUGGUGGCCCUGGAGGCCAUGGUGGGCCUGGCGAGGCUCCUGGAGCUGGUGAAGCGCCAGGACCUGCGCUCCGUGCUGCUGCACGUUGCCAUCCGGAUCCGGCCCUUCUUCGACAGCGAGAAGACGGAGCUCCGUUCUGCGUCCAUCCGCCUCUUCGGGCACCUCAACCAGGCGUGCCACGGGGGCUGUGAAGACGUCUUCCUGGAGCAGGUUGUUGCUGGGCUGGUGCCCCUGCUGCUGCACCUGCAGGAUCCCCAAGCCCCUGUGACCAACGCCUGCAGGUUCGCCCUGCGCCUGUGCGGCCCCAACCUGCAGCAUGAAGAGCUGGCGGCCGUCUUCCAGAAGCACCUACAGGAGGGCCGGGGCCUGCACUUCGGGGAGUUCCUCAACGCCACCUGCAAGCUCCUGAUGUACCACUUCCCGGAACUGCUGGGCCGCCUGGCGGCCACCAGCCUCUUCUACUUCAAGAGCAGCUGGGAGGACGUCCGUGCUGCCGCCCCCGUGCUCAUGGGGUUCCUGGUGCUGCACGCGGAGCCCGAGCACCAGCCACAGGUGGACCUGGAGCAGAUCACGGCAGUGGCUCCCCGUCCCCCAGCGCUGCAGCUCCUGCUCAAGGACCCAGCCCCCCUGGUGCGCGCGAAGGCUGCCGAGACCCUGGGCCGCCUGGUCAAGUUCGCCUGAGGCUCCCGCGGCAGUGCCAGCCCGGGUCUGCGCCUGAACCCCCACGAUGGGGCCCUGAGGAGCUCCCUGCUACCAAGGGUCAAACCCCUGCCAUUCCAGACAAGGCCCCUGGAGGCCGGGAGGGCAGGCAAGCUGCUGUAACCCCUGGUUUCCAAUAAAGCCAUCCGCUCCUCAGCA